GCUUCAGGCAACCCAUCUUAAGUCAAUACCUGAGUGGUGGAAAUUAGGCAGAGUCAAAGGGUGUGGGUUCAUGGGGCUCAAUUCAGGCGGCAGCGUUUUGGUGUGUGGCUGCUUUGGUCCUGUGGCUGUGUGUACAAAGAGUGUGGAUGCCAGUAGGGAUGUUAAGGACCGUGCUCUCUCUUAA